CUAAUGUCAAAAUUCAGAGGAAACGAAGCGAAUGUCAAAUCGAACUUUUCAGAUUUCUUGUUGACUGUUGAAGAUAAUUUUCUGAUAAUUUAAUUCAAUGAUUUUGUGACACAAAAUUGGAGGAUAUUAAGUUUAAAAAUGGUUCUUUCGAAAAGUACUGUGUGGAUUUUAUGUGUUCUAUUACUGGUAUCGAUCUUUAUGGCGAAUUUGUUAAAUAUAAUCGCUACGGACCAUAAUUUUUAUAUUGAAAAUGAAAAUGAAGGCAUAAACUUUACCAAGUAUUUAGGUGAGAAGUAUGGAAAAAUAACAGAUACUACUGAGAAAUUAAUUUGGUUUCUUCAGAUUUCAGAUAUACAUAUCAGUAUUUUUCGAGAUCCUGGCAGGAUAUCACAGUUUCAACAGUUUUGUGACAAUACCGUGAAGAUAAUUAACCCUGCCAUUGUUUUGGCCACGGGCGACUUGACCGAUGCUAAAGCCAAAGAUAACUUGGGCAGUUCCCAAGUGAAGAAAGAAUGGAUAUACUAUCAUAACAUAGUGAAGGAGUCAGGAGUGACUGAAACUACUGUCUGGUUAGACAUAAGAGGAAAUCAUGAUAACUUUAACAUCAGAACAAUAAAUGAUCAGGAGAAUUAUUUCCGGAACUAUUCUGUACAAGGCCUGGAGCAUGCUAAAUCUUAUGUGCAUUUUCAAGAAACAAAUGGUGUAAAUGUAGCAUUUUUGGGGAUAGAUGCAUGUCCAGAUCCAGGACUCAGGAGACCAUUUAAUUUUAUUGGCAUUCUCGAUGCUACAGAGCAGCAGACUGUACAAAAGCUAAAAGCAGAAGCUGAAAGCAAGGCUGAUCAUAUUGUUUGGUUUGGACACUACCCUACCUCAUGUAUAUUAUCUUUAGAGCAUGAAGGCCAAAAAAUAGACUUGCGCCAACUCAUUGGCAGUAGUUUUGGUUCACAGGUGUAUGUUUGUGGGCACUUACAUUCCAUGGGAGGUUUGGUACCAAGAAUGUACACAAAACAGAAGAAAGGUUAUUUAGAGCUUGAGUUAGGAGAUUGGAAAGACAACAGAAUGUACAGAUUGGCAGCUAUAGAUCAUGGGAUUUUCUCAUUUGUUGAUCAAAAGCACAAUGUCUGGCCCCUUGUGCUGGUCACAAAUCCUAAGCACGCCAGGUACACCAUGCCUGGUAGAGAACCCUUACACUUAAUACCUGACUCAUCCCACAUAAGAAUACUUGCAUUUAGUGAUGUUGAUGUUAAGACUGUUCAAAUUUCCUUUGAUCAAAUCAGUUGGAUGGCAUGCAGGCACACCCAAGGACCACUUUACGUUUGUCAAUGGCUGCCUCACUUAUUUAAAAAGGGUAUUAGCUAUUUGUAUGUGAAAGUUAAAGACGAAUUAGAAAAAGAGGCUUUUGUAGAACAUCCAUUUACGUUGGAUGGUAGUGUAAUGAGUUUUGAAAUAUCACCCAGAAUUUUGCUCAUGUUGGAUGCUGGUGUGGUGUUUCAGGCAAUCUUCGCAACCCUUCUAAUGGCAAAUGUUUUACCAUUGGUAAUUUUAAGGAUGCAAAAGUUUCCUCCAAGAUACAGAAGAAGAUUUGGCAGACAUGUAUUGAGAAGACUUUGGCUAUUGAGUAAAAUUGAUAGAAUAUUUUAUCCAAUUGUGUUGUAUGCAGUUUACAUUCCCUUUGGACCUUGGGCUAUUGGAGAGUUGAUAGAUGGCUAUGUAGGAGCCAUUUUCGCGUGGGGUAUCCUGAUAAAGGGUGCAUUUUUGCCUGAACCCUUUACAUAUAUGUAUGGAAGCGUGCAGCUAAUGUUUGUGCAAAUACCCCUAGUAUUUGUAUUAGCCCACUGUUUAGACCAUCGUCUAUUUGGGCAUAAUGUGAGAGGAAUUCGACGGCUGAUAAAGAAUUUGCCAUUCGUUUUCCUAUUGUCAAUACAGUUGUUAUUGGCAUACUUCUUCUGGCUAGAGUAUGGAACAAUGUCUUUUAUAUUUGGGCCACUAAGGACGUGGAGUAUUGCUUUAAGCAUAUUAUUGUGGUAUAAGACACUGAAUUUACCUGUAGAGUAUUGCAGAAACUUGACAAAGAUGACAGAAGUACCAUCAUAGUACAGUUGUAAGAAUAUUAACAUUUUGCACAAAAUGUACAGCGCUUGAAUAUGUGUUAGGUGUUGAAAGUAGAAGCUUUUCAUGUGCGCCAAAGUAGUCUUGGCUUUCGUGGAGGUGAUACUUUAUGAACAUGUAUGUAUAUUAAUGAAUAAAGAGAUUAAUUAUAUUAUAGUCGGCGGAAUAAUUUUCAUAAAUUGUAAAACAUAUUUGAUGAAUGAAGAAUAGAAUAUUUGCACCAAAGAUAGCUUUACAACAUUUCUCUGGUUGUAGAUUUUACAUUUUAUACACCCGAAUAAUCGGGUUACUGAUUUUAUCUGCAUUUCUAUCUACAAAAGUAUUUUAUAAUCGUAAACAUAGAGCUUAUGAACUAAACACAUUUUUAUUAUAUUGUUAUAAUAUUAUGUAUUUUUACGGCGUACUAUUAUUUUAUUCUAUUUUGUUUGCACAUUAAUGAUGUUUAUAUAAUUUAUUGAUUUGCAAAGAGUAAAGUUUAAUUUAAUCUUAACCAGUGAUCCCUAGUCUGACAGUAACUGAAAGUUUUAGUUUUUAGCAUUUAUUGUAAAUUAAUUGAAUUUUGUUUUAAACCGUAUUGUAAUAUGACUAAACAUAAUAAUUCAACCAGUAUAAAAUUACAGUAUAAUCAGUGUGAUUAAAUAUGCGAGGCUCCCAUUUUAGUAUUAAGUAUUUGACCCUUUAAAAUUUUGACCAAGAUGUUAAGUUAUUUUACUUUCGAAGGCAUAUCUUAUCAAUCAGGAUCCAAUAGAGAUAACUCAAUGGUGCUUCAUAUUGUACAGGAAAUACUAAAACAAAUUGAAAUAAAACCAUGUUGUAUAAAAGUAAAAAAAUAUAUUGAAAUAUUCAUCACAUUUACCUAAGACCUAAGAACCUAUAUACAAUAUUUAUGCAGUAUAUAGAUAUGUACAAUUAGUUUUAUUGCUUAGAUCUUAAAGGCUGUGAAUGAGUCCAAGAUUGAGAUGUAUGAAACAUAUGCACUUAUUUUUAGUCCCGUAUUAAGCUUGUGUAUAUAACGGUAAUUAAACAUUUAUGUUAGCAAAUACAAUGCAAAACCUUGAAGCCUUUUAAUUUUACUUAGAUAUCGUAAACGUACACAGAUGUAUUACAAAAUUCACAAUAUCUGCAAAGGCUUAGCACGAAUUUUUUUGAGAUGUGUGUUGAAGGGAUAAUAAGGGUCAGACUAUUCGAAAAUAGGAAAAUGCUUAUAUUACUAUCUCCCUUAAAUUCGUGCUUAUGGUGUCCUUCCAUUAGUAGUAAUACAAAAUACACUUGGUUCCUAGUUGCUUGUCAUUUUAAUCAUAAUUUAAAUUUUAUGAUUUUGAUUAUCGACAGAUUAAAUUAAAUAUAAAAGCUUCAUCAUUGUCUCGAAACAAAAUAUAGUAGGUAGCGUAGAUUGUAUUACAAGAUGUAAUUUCAAUAAAAUAUGUAUUCAUAUCGAUUUUAGAAUCACAGCUAUUUUCAUACAAUAUUAUAUUGCAUCAGACAAAUCGACAUCAAACAUCGCUUUGUUAAAAUUAAAAUAAUCUUCUUUAUAUACAGUAUAGCAUACAUUUCUAUCUUCGCAGACAUUAUUUCAAUUUGCUGAUGUACAGUUAUCGGCACGGAUAUCGGGCCAUGACCUUACCUGCGCAGAAGCGAUUUACUGCCUUAUUGCCUUAUACGUACGGGUGCGCAAAGCGAUCCCCACUCUUCCGCCGAGAGCCCAAUAUCCGUGCCGGUAUCUGUAUGUACGUGUACUUUUUAAAUUACUACGAUCAUUCUAUGAAAAUGAGGUGCUAUAUUUACUUAAAAAAAAAAACACAAAAUGUUUCUUCCUCAUAUACUUCAAAAAGACAUGCAUAUUUUUUUUUUCUAAUAGCACAUUUUUUCUUAGCAUUACAUAAAAUGGUCGUAGUGCUAAAUAGUCUAAAUGUCUAGUCUGGACAGUAUUUUUGUAAUGUAAAACAGAUUGUUUAUUGUCAAUAAUGUCUAAAUACUUAGUAAGUUGUACUGAAUGUUUAUUGUAAUUAAAAGUAGUAUUGAGUAUAUAAUUUGCUAUGAUAUCAAGUCAUUAAGAGAGCUUUUGCGUAGAAUCAACAUUGUUAUUAUUUGCAGUAAAAGCUACUAAAUAUUAUUAAUAUCAUAUAAUUUUAGUAUUUAAAUUCUUUGUUUAAAUUUGACUGUAUCGGGCCAAUUAAUAGGCUAACCAUAUGUAUGUGAUAAUGAUAUGCGAAUGAGGGCAAAGAUUAUUCGCACAAAUAGAAUUCGAGCGAUUCAUUUCCUAGUACAUUAUCUUUAGUUAGGUAGGUACAUACUUGUAUUAAAGAAACAUUGGAUCAAAAAAUGCAGCAGUAUUAACGAAUUGGUGGGAAAAUAUUGCUUUGUUCAUUACUUGAAUUUGUACUAACAUCUACAGAUAUACUGGGCACUCUGUAUUCUGAGUAAAACGCUUCGCUGCACUUUGAACCAUUGCUGACGAUGUUCGCACUACUGUCUGAUAUCUUGUUAGUUACUAACUAGUAUCAGUGAGUGGUGAGGACAAUAGAUAGAAUUAUUAUAAUAUAUUAUUUUACAGUAUUUAUCAAACACAAUUCAAACAUGGAUGGAAUAAAUGAUUUCCUGUCAUAUCA